AUGGCGGCGCCCGAGGCGCGCACGGUGCUGGUGCGGGGCCUCCCCGCCGGAGCCACCGCCGCGCUCCUGGAGCGGCUCUUCGGGCACCUGGGGCCGAUCCGCCGCUGCUUCGUGGUCACUGAGAAGGGCUCCCCGAAAUGCCGCGGGUUCGGGUACGUGACGUUCUCUCUGAGCGAGGACGCGGCGCGGGCGCUGCGGGAGCCCCCCGAGCUGGGCGGGCGGCGCCUGCCCGUGAGCCCCGCCCGGCCGCGGGCCCGGCCCCCCGGGAGGGGCACGGAUACCCCCGGGGCACGGGGGGAGCGGGGGGAACAGGGAGAGACCCCCCCGGAACCCCCCCGUGCCAAGAGACCGCGGGGCCCCUCCCGCAAGGCACGGCUGAUCCUGCGCAACCUCAGCUUCCAGUGCUCUGAGGAGGAGCUCCGGGCUCUCUUCACCCCCUUUGGCCCUGUGGUGGAGCUGAACCUGCCCCGCAAGCCUGAUGGGACCCCGAGGGGCUUCGCCUUCGUCCAGCUCCGGAACCUGCGUGAGGCGGCUGCGGCCCUGCGGGGGCUCAACGGGGCCCAGAUCAAAGGGCGGCCCCUGGCCGUGGACUGGGCCGUGGCCAAGGACAAGUACCAGGGGACACAGGGACCCCCAAAACCGCCUGAGGGAGAGGAGAAAGGGGAGAAAAAAAAGGAAAAAGAGGAAGAAGAGGAUGAUGAAGGAAAAGAUGAGGAGGAGGAAGAGGAAGAGGAGGAUGAAGAGGAGGAUGAAGAGGAGGAGGAGGAGGAGGAGGAGGAGGAGGAAGAGGCUGCCCUGGCGCCCCGGAAGACCCCAAAAAGGGGAUCAGGACUCAGAGCUGGGCUGGGGCCCAGGAAAAAAAAGAAGAUAGAGGAAGAUGAGGAGGAGGAGGAAGAUGAAGAAGAGGAAGAGCAGGAAGAAGAUGAGGAAAAAGAAGAGGAUGAGGAGGAUGAGGACGAGGAGGAUGAAGAGGAUGAGGAUGAGGAAGAGGAGCCCCCCCGCAGGCGCAGGCAGCGCCCAUCGGACGUGGGCGAGGGCAGGACCGUGUUCAUCCGGAACCUCUCGUUCGACACCGAGGAGGAGGAGCUGCAGGAGAGCCUGGAGCAGUUCGGGGGGCUCUGCUACGUGCGGCUGGUGCUGCACCCCCACACCGGCACCCCAAAAGGCUCUGCCUUUGCCAAGUUUGAGACCCCCGAGGGGGCCCAGAAAUGCAUCCAGGCUGCUCAGGAGGGGCCCGAGGGCGGGGGGCUGCGCCUGGGGGGGCGGCUGCUGCGCGUGGACCCCGCCCUGAGCCAGGAGCAGGCCCGGGGGCUCCCAGCGGGGACGGCCCGGCCCCGAGGAGGCACCAGGAACCUGUACCUGGCCCGGGAGGGGGCCAUCCGGCCGGGCUCGCGCGCUGCCGAGGGCGUCAGUGACUCGGACAUGGCCAAGCGAGCGCGGUUUGAGGAGCUGAAGCGGCGGCGGCUGCAGGACCCCAACGUGGCCGUGUCGCGGACGCGGCUGUGCCUGCACAACCUGCCCAAGGCGCUGGACUCGGCGCGGCUGCGCGCCCUGCUGCGAGCCACCCUGCGUGGCACCAAUGGUGCUGCUCCCUGCAUCAAGGAGUGCCGGGUGAUGCGGGAGCUGCGGGGCCAGGGCAAAUCUUUGGGGUUCGCCUUCGUGGAGUUCGGGGAGCACGAGGAGGCCCUGGGGGCCCUGCGGCGCCUCAACAACAACCCCGAGCUCUUCGGGGCCCACAAGCGCCCGAUCGUGGAGUUUGCGCUCGAGGACCGGCGGAAGCUGCGGCUGCGGGAGCAGAGGAUCCAGCGGGGGCUGCUCAAGGCCAAGGCCAAGGCAGCUGCAGGAUCUGCAGAGGGUCCCGAGGGAGCUCCGGCCCCCCCCAAGGCACAGCCAGCGCCCCCCAAAUCACAGCCAGCGCCCCCCAAGGCACAGCCAGCACCCCCCAAGGCGCAGCCAGCGCCCCCCAAGGCACAGCCAGCGCCCCCCAAGCAGCAGCCAGCGCCCCCCAAGGCACAGCCAGCGCCCCACAAAUCACAGCCAGCGCCCCCCAAGCAGCAGCCAGCGCCCCCCAAGGCACAGCCAGCGCCCCACAAAUCACAGCCAGCGCCCCCCAAGGCACAGCCAGCGCCCCCCAAGGCGCAGCCAGCGCCCCCCAAAUCACAGCCAGCGCCCCCCAAGGCACAGCCAGCGCCCCCCGCAGGCUCAGGGGGCCCCCAGCCCCCCCCGGGGCUGCCCCCCGGGGCCUCCUGGGCCGGGUUCCGCACGCAGGGCCCGGGGCUCAGGGGGGCUCCCGGCGCCCCCCGCACCAAGGUGCUGGCCCUGCCCUCGCACCGCGGCCCCAAGAUCAGGAAACGGGACAAGGGGAAGAAGGCUCAGCCGCCCCCCAAGCCCCCCAAAGCCCCCAAGGCCUCUCGGCGGCGGGAGAAGCUCCGGGUGCCCCCUCCCCAGGGCCAGCGGCGGCGCCGGGGGGGCCCCGGGGGGGCCGAGGCGCGCUUCCAGGAGCUGGUGGAGAGGUACAAGAGGAAGAUUUUGGGGAGCACCCCCGCCACGGCCCGGGGGGGAAAGUGGUUCGAGAGCUGAGGCUCCCCCAGCACCCCCCUGGCACCCCAAAACCCCCCUGGGGGUGCCGGGGGUCCCAGACCUUACAGGGGGGUCUUGGGGUGCUGCCCCCACGCGCUCUGGGGGGGGCUGGGGGUGGGACCCUGCCCUGGGUCCCUCCUGGCUCCCCCCAGGAUUUGGGGGUGCUCCCCCCCCAUGGCUCUGUGUCUUCCUGGGUUUUAAUAAAAAUGGGUUUUUUGAGGAAAA